AUGGAUAAAUUUUUGUAUGAUCCUAAUAAUAACCAAACCAAUAUGAACAACAAUAAUAAUAAUAAUAAUAAUAACAAUAAAAAUAGUGAUAAUGACAGUAAUUUAUUUAUUAACAACCAAAAUGAAAGUAAAUUAGUUUUUUUAAUAAACAACACCAAUGAUGAUCCAAUUUUUUCAAAUGAAUUUACAAAAAAAAAUACACUAGAUCUCGAUCAAUUGUUGGAUAUUGAUGAUACCGAAGUAGAUACAACCAAUGUGGAGUACCUUAGAAUAUUAGAAAUAUUAAAAGGUGAAACAAAUAGUGAAAAAAAUAUUUUUAACGAAAAUAUGGAUACUAGGGAUGGAAAUUUAGGUAUAAAUAAAAAAUAA